AGAGGAAAAAAAACUCUUCGGCCGUCUCUGCCACUAUCUCAAGUUCUCUUCUCCAUAAUUUUUUUCAUUCAAAACUGUAGAAAAAUUCAAUCUCACAGAAAAUUAAGAAAUUGAUCAGAAUUGAAGUAAAUGGCGCAUGUUCAACAUAGCAGAAAUGCGUUACGCCGUAUAAUUAGCAUUCAAGAAGCUGCUAAUACUGUCAAUAACAGCUCCGCUUCUUCCUUACACCAUCCGCUUCACCAUGCUUGUCAAGGCGUUCGCUAUAGAAAGCUAGACGUUAUUCUCACAACUAACAUUGAGAAGCUUGGAAAAGCUGGCCAGACAGUGAAGGUUGCGCCUGGCUAUUUUCGUAACCACCUGAUGCCCAAAUUGCUCGCCGUCCCGAACAUUGACAAGUUUGCUUUUCUCAUCAGGGAACAGCGAAAGAUUUAUCAACAUGAGGAAGAGGAAGAGGUUAAAGUAGUUAAAGAGACUGUAGAAGAUACAAUGAAGGAAUAUGAGACAGCAGCAAAACGCCUAAUGAAUUCCCAGCUGACAAUUAGAGCAGGGAUCAAUUCUGAAAAAUUCCGUGCUCGUGCAACGAAAGAUGACCCCAUAGAAACUCGAUCACCGAUAACAGCGGAUGAUAUUGUGAAAGAGGUGGCAAGGCAGCUUAAUGUGGCACUGGAGGUAGAGAAUGUUCGUUUGCCAUCACCUUUGACCACUUUUGGAGAACACAACGUACAAUUAAACUUUCCGAAAUCUAUUCCUUUGCCGGAAGGAAAAUUUAGCUGGUCUCUUAAAAUUAAAAUCCGGGGUAAAUAAGUAACCCCUACAUAGAACUACAGAUUGUGAUGAUAGUUUUUCGACCCAUGCCAUUGUUGCAGUGAUAGGCUAUGUGCUUCAAACUUGAGGGAUUUUUGGUAACCAUCAAGGAUUAGUUUUUGUGAUCAUUUUAUCUGCAGACAUUUUUUUUUAUAAUAAUCAGUCGGUCGGAAGAGGAA